AGCUACAAACGAAAAUGUCAGCUUGGAAUGCGGGUGUUAUGAUCACGUCCCAGGUGUUAUUUUUUGUCUGCGGGUGGUUGUUCUUCAUGAAGCAGUUAUUCAAAAAUUAUGAAGUGCAUAAUAGGGUUGUUCAGCUGGUAUUCUCUAUCACAUUUGCUUUAUCUUGCUCCAUGUUUGAACUCAUUAUCUUCGAGAUUAUGGAUGUGAUGGAUUCAGGAUCACGUUUCGUUACAUGGAGGUUGUGUUUAUCAGCCAUGUUGAUAACUUUGAUUGUAGCACUUCCGUUGUAUGUUGCGUACACACUUCUGAAAAGUGUCUCGUUCAUCAAAUCUCGUUUUCUUACGCCGCUUACCGUAGUUUCAUGGUUUGUAUUCAUCUACUUUUUUUGGAAACUUGGUGAUCCAUUUCCAAUUCUCAGUGCUAAACACGGUAUUUUCACCAUAGAACAGGCAAUUUCACGGAUAGGUGUUAUCGGUGUCACUGUAAUGGCGGUACUUUCUGGAUUUGGUGCUGUGAAUGCGCCCUACGUGUACAUGACCGUGUUUAUGAGGAAGGUCGAUCAACAUGCAAUCACUCAGAUGGAGAGAAAGCUAAUGCAGACUAUGGAAAUGAUAGUCAUUAAAAAGCGCAAAGUAGCGCAGUAUGAAAGAGAGCUGGCACUCAGCGCCUUCUCAAGAGGAAAAGAUGAAAACACCGGGCUUCUCCAUCGCAUUUGGGGCACUGUUGCAAGUGCAGCUGGUGGAGGGACGUUGAGUGAGCAGAUAAGGCAGCUGAAUUCGGAAAUCAUCCCGCUGAAUGAAUUAAGUCGGUAUCUUUUCCUUGAAGUUGUGGAAUUGCGCAACAUGAAGGAACGCAUGGAUUACAGCAAAACAUGGAUGGGGAAGUAUUUCAAUGUUCUUGGACAUUUCUUUUCUGUAUACUGCAUUUGGAAGAUAUUCAUUUGCACUGUUAAUAUUGUCUUUGAUCGGGUUGGAAAGGUUGAUCCUGUAACGAAGGGCAUUGAGAUUAUCGUGAAUUGGAUGGGAAUAGAUUUGGAUGUGCGAUUUUGGUCGCAGCAUAUUUCUUUCUUUCUUGUUGGUGUCAUAGCGGUGACUUCAAUCAGAGGGCUACUAAUAACGUUGACAAAGUUCUUUCUGGCUAUCUCUAGCUCGAAAUCAUCUAACAUCAUCGUCUUGUUGUUAGCGCAGAUCAUGGGUAUGUAUUUUGUCUCAAGUGUGCUGCUCAUGCGAAUGAAUGUUCCACAUCAGUAUAGGAAAAUCAUCACAGAAGUCCUCGGCGACUUGCAGUUCAACUUUUAUCAUCGAUGGUUUGACGUGAUUUUCUUGAUAUCUGCUUUAUCUAGCAUAGUUUUUCUGUAUUUAGCUCAUAAACAGGUCCCUGUUCACUGAUGUCCCUUUUGUUUUGUUCGUUCAGUAAUUGUUGCAUAUAAUAUGUCUGUGAUAUGGGUUCCUUUGUUCAUAAAGAGUUUAUUAU